CUUGUUGCCAACUUCCGCUGGACGGGCGGUGAUCCAGUGAUCCAGUGACCGCUGCUUAAUAAAACACGCCCGGUGUCCAAACGAUCCGUUACAUCCCCCCCAUACAUCUCAUCUAUCCUAUCCUAUCAUGGACUGUGUGACCAGCUGCAGCGUGAAUUACUUGGUCAACCCCAAUCAACAAGCGGACUUUUUCAACGCUACAUAGCCUACGAUCCCUUGCCACGACGACGCUAGUCGUUAGCAGUUAGUUAGUUGGUUGUAUCUAUCUAGCUAUCUUAUCUAUCGAUCUAUCCACCCAUCUUCUACUAAACCGGCCAGUUUCCUCCAAGUUUCCAGCGCUUCUUCUGUCCGUCGAUCAAGCAGGCUCAGACUUCAGCAUACCUCGACAUAUCCCUCAAAACCAUACCGGCAGCACAAGUCGUUUUUUGCCUCAGCUACCUUAUUUAUCCGUAGCAAGAGGGCCGCCGCCUCUGUGUCUUGCUGUGAAAGCGAACUGCUAUCUACAGUACCCGGGCAGCCCCAGAGCUUCUCUUUGACUGCCUCUGGUAGGGACAAGAACUGGCAACCUCUGUGGCAAGACCUACUCUUCAUACCGAGCGAUAGUAGCCGGGAGCAUUUUCCUUCGACAGGGAAACCCGCAGGGAACGGCAGCUAGAGCUAAAUCUUCGUGUGCUGUGACGAGACUUAAAUUCCCAGAGCGCUCCUCUCAUACACCAUCAUUGUCAUCAUCUCAUCCUCACAGAUCAUCCACCAAAGAGCUAGACCUCUGUACAAGAAACUAUUUUAAUACUUGUCAUCUUCACUUACUUUGAACGAGAACUCAGCUGCUUUUUCCUAAUUGCAGCUUGUUUCUUCUACUUGAUAAGAAACUUACAUCCAGGCUACCUCAGCUCCUCCUCGAGAAUUUAACAGUAUUAUCGAGAAAACUACUACUUUGUUUUCUCGUGACAACUGACGUGGAGCCUGUCACUGGUUUUGUGCAGGCGAACAGUGGCGGCUGCCCUUCGCGAUGGGUCUUUCAUACAACAUCUACCUCUCUUCUAAUAAGAUCUUCGGAUGCAAGACCUGCAAAACCCACUUGGCCGAUUAUCACGAUAUCAUCAGCCGAAAUUUCCGUGGCCAACAUGGCAAAGCCUUCCUCUUCAAUAGCGUUGUCAACAUAACCCAAGCCGAAGCUGUAGAGCGCAGCAUGACGACUGGCCGACAUGUUGUUCGAGACAUUAUGUGCCGGCAGUGCAAAGAGACAGUCGGGUGGAAGUACGACAAGGCAUACGAAACCGCCGAGAAAUACAAAGAAGGCAAAUUCAUCCUAGAAGCGGAGCUACUGUGUAUGGUGUACUAGAAUCGUUUUUGACUCGGACUUGAACUUUCCUUUCAUUUCAACUUUUUUUUCUUCCCAAGGGACCAUUUAGCCUCGAUUACCAUGGUGGUACGGAACAGUCGAUCGGGCCGUACUUGUAUGCGUGGUUUUCAGAACCAGCCCUUGAUGCACGAUCGGGACCUUAGAGAGAACAACAUACCAACAUAUCAUCAUCGGGCACGGCGAAAGAGGUAUUGCAUUGUUGGAUUGGAUUUGGCUUUGAUUUUUAUUUGGGCGUUUCCCUCUAUUUUUCUCCUGAUUUGUCGAGACUUUUGUCAUUCUUAAUUACGUGCUUUUUCUUUUUCUUUCUUUCUUUCUCUUUUUUUUUCUUUUUUUUUCUUUUUUUUCUAUUAGCAAGCCUGUAAAAUGGCGUUGCAAUUGGAGUCUGGGUUUCGGGAGUUUUCUAUUUUAUUAAUCUCAACCGGGGAUGGUGGAAUUCGCGCAGGAUUCUUUUUGUUAUCUGUUUUCGCCGUGACUGGAACCGCUCCUCUGUUUUCCCUUCAAACGCUCAGCUCAGAUAUUAAGGAUUUAUUCUCAUGUCUACCUCUCCCUUCUCAGCUUCGCUCUGGUCUGACUCCCAAAUGCUCUUUGAAGUGUGUAAAGAAGAAAGGAGAUUUGAAAUUAUUUUAUUUAUUUAUUUAUUAAUAUAUUUACCUAAAUCUGACCCACCC